CGAGCAGGGCCCAGAUUAAAAAGCAGAAGAGAACUGAUUCAAUUGUUUUCAUUUUCAAAGAGCCUCAGAGAAGAAAUCUGGCCAGCAACCUCCGCUCCUUGUCUUUCAUAAGCUGCUGGAUGGGCGUUCAUGUCCUCUGUUGUUUGCUUUAAUGAUCCUCCACACCUGCAUGCUUUGGGCGGAACUGGACUCCUCCCAGCCGAGAGCCUCGCUCCCUGAGACCGCAGCCUCGGUGAUACUUCCUGAAACACCUGAGCAGGUGAGGCGCAGCAGGUCGUCUGUUUUCUGUGCUGCAAUCUGCGGCAUGAGCGAUAAGGAUAGGCGUUAAACUUCAUUAUCGGGGAUGACUGACUGCAUGAGAACUCAGCUGGUGAGCGCCAUCCAUUUGCAGGAGGUGGAACUACAGGAUAAACCUGCAGACAAACCUGCAGACAAGCCACAGAACAACAGCAAUGGCAGCAACAACAAUGUAGAUGAGAAGUUCACUGUGGAGCAAGCUGUGGAAAAGAUUGGAUUUGGACGCUUUCACAUCCUGCUGUUUGUCAUCAUGGGCAGUGCAAAUAUUGUGGAAGCCAUGGAGAUUAUGCUCUUAGCCGUGGUUUCUCCAGAGAUUCGAUGUGAGUGGCGUUUGGAGGACUGGCAGGUUGCUCUUGUCUCUACGAUGGUGUUUGUUGGCUUCAUGGUUUGUGGAGUCGUGGCAGGUUACAUCGCUGACAGAUAUGGACGCUGGAAGGUGGUGUUCGGAGGUUAUGUGUGGAGCGCUUAUUUUUCUCUGCUCACAUCGUUUGCUCCCACAUACGGCUGGUUCAUCUUCCUGCGCAGCAUGGUGGGCUGCGGCGUUGCAGGGGUGUCACAGGGGUUUGUGUUGAAGACAGAGUUCAUCCCGGCCAAGUAUCGAGCCUAUCUGCUGCCUCUGGGCACGAUCUUCUGGAUGACUGGCUCCAUACUGAUCAUCCUCCUUGGGAUGCUGGUGGUUCCCACAAUGGGCUGGAGAUGGAUGAUCCGACUGUCUAUCACGCCAAGUAUCAUCCUCAUCUUCCUCUUCAAGUUUAUUCCUGAGUCGGCCCGUUACAACGUGUCAGCAGGGAAGGUUGAUGCUGCUGUUAAAACGCUGCAGAAGAUCGCCAGAAUGAACCGAGCGUCUCUUCCUCCAGGGAGGCUGGCGGAACCCAUUCUGAGGGAACGUGGCAGCUGGAGAAUUCUGCUCAGUCCAUCUUACAGGAGGACAUCUCUGCUGCUCUGGUACACAUGGUUUGUUGCAUCCUUCGCGUACUACGGCUCAGUGCUGAGCAGUUCAGAGCUACUGGAGAAGAACCUGUUGUGUGUUAUUAACGCCGACAAAGAGCAUCAGGUCAAACACCGUCAUGAGAGCGGACUCUGUUACUGCAUCCCCUUUGCAAACAGCGACUAUCAGACUCUACUCAUAAGCUCCCUGGGAGAGGUUGCUUUGGUUCCAUUAAACAUUGUUCUACUCAAUGUGUUUGGACGGAAGAUAAGCCUUGUGGUGCUCCAGCUGUUAACAGCUGUUAUGUUCAUGAUGGUCAACAUCUGCACGACAAUGUUUGGCUUCACUGUGCUGCUCUUCCUGCUCCGGUCUCUGGUCUCCAUGAACUUUAACGUGGUUUACAUCUACACAGCUGAGGUGUACCCAACAGUGGCACGAUCUCUUGGGAUGGGUUUCUGCACCUCGUUCAGUCGGAUCGGGGGAAUGAUUGCUCCAUUUAUUGCACAGGUGCUCAUGUCUCAGUCUGUGAUUCAAGCUCUCACUCCAUUUGCCGUUGCCUGUGUCAUCUGUGCACUGGGAAACUUCCUGUUACCAAUAGAAACCAGAGGACGAGCCCUGCUGCAAACCUCCUAAAGAUUUCCCUUUAGAUCAUCCAUUAGUCAAUUUUUAUCUGUAUUUGCAAUCAUAAAUAUAUUAAAGAUGUCAGUUUCAGUGUUUCCGGA